AUGACUUGGGGACUACUGUUGUAUGCGGGGUUCGUGGUUGUCGUGGUUAUUCUGCCUUGGAAGGGAAGUGGUUUCCCACCGUUGUACAAUUUCAUCAAUUUGGUUGUGUUUAAUUGCCUCGCUUUUCUUGCCGCCGCGUCCCACGCAAGAGCAAUGCUCACAGAUCCAGGAGCAGUUCCGAAAGGUAGCGCCACCCGUGAAAUGAUGCAGAAAAUGGGUUUUGAGGAAGGCGAUGUCGUUUUCAAGUGUCCCAAGUGUUGCUCUAUCAAGCCGGAACAAGCUCAUCAUUGUUCAUCAUAUAGAUGCAUUAAAAAGAUGGAUCAUCAUUGCCCGUGGGUGAAUAACUGUGUCAGUGAAAAGAAUCAGAAAUAUUUCGUUCUGUUCACGUUUUACAUUGCUGUGAUAUCUGUUCACGCCCUGUUCCUUCAGUGGCGGGGGGCGGUUUUCAGUGAAUACUCCUCUCCAGCAUUGGUGAUCUUCAUGCUCUUUUUGCUUAUUGAAGGCCUAUCAUUUGCAAUUUUCACUGCGAUUAUGUUUGGUUCGCAAAUCAGCGCAAUAUGGAAUGAUGAAACGGGAAUCAAAGCAUUAAAAAAAGAGUAUGGAGUUGGACUCGUCAGGCAAAGUGGAAGAGUGUUCAGGCUGUAUUCAGUGAGAAGUUCGGGCUUUCUUGGUUCUCCCCCUUCUCAUCUGUUGAAUAAAGCAAUGCUCACAGAUCCAGGAGCAGUUCCGAAAGGUAACGCCACCCGUGAAAUGAUGCAGAAAAUGGGUUUCGAGGAAGGCGAUGUCGUUUUCAAAUGUCCCAAGUGUUGCUCUAUCAAGCCGGAACGAGCUCUAUGGCGGGGGGCGGUUUUCAGUGAAUACUCCUCUCCAGCAUUGGUGAUCUUCAUGCUGUUUUUGCUUAUUGAAGGCCUAUUAUUCGCGAUUUUCACUGCGAUGAUGUUUGGUUCGCAAAUCAGCGCAGUAUGGAAUGAUGAAACGGGAAUCGAAGCAUUAAAAAAAGAGUAUGGGAGUUGGACUCGUCAGGCGAAGUGGAAGAGUGUUCAGGCUGUAUUCGGUGAGAAGUUCGGGCUUUCUUGGUUCUCCCCCUUCUCAUCUGUUCAAUAA